AUGGCUGGGCGGCUGAAGCGACGACUGAAGAGCGUGCACAUCCGCUCGCCAGCUGUGGAGCGCUUGGCAAAGCUGGACUGGGGUGACCGCGUCAGGCUCUUCACUAGCAUCAUGGAGCGCCUCGAUCCAGCCUCGGCCACCAACCUCCACACUGUCCAGCGAGUGUAUGAGGAUCGAAAGCCACUGCUGCAGGCACAGCCACAGGCAGUGAGGGAGCAGGCUGAGGCUGAGUUUCGGCACGCGUGGGCAUCACUGCUGUUGGAAUCAAUGCGAACAGUUCGUGGCAAGGCUUACCCGAUGAACGCAGCCACUUUCACGAAACCAUCUGCUGUUGCAGACGUCAUGAGGUUCAUGCACUGGUUACUGGAUGAAGUCGAGCAACGUGGGGUCAGCGCGCACACGCCAGCGUCAUCAACAGUAUCAACACCUGCCAGGCACGAGCAGCAGAAGCACCACGAGGAGCAGGAGCGAAGUGGCAGUGCAGGUGUUGGCAGUCAUGGUGGCGAUGUCAGUAAUGAGGGACGCAAACAGCGACAGCAUCGGCAUUGUUCAUCUCGACCAGCGUCUCAUAAGCGCCCACCACGCGCGCCCCAACUGCACACGCGAUCACAGCCCCAUGUGGCGAGCGAGGACACGGCAGAUGCACGGUCAUCACGCCGGCAACACCACCACCACCCUGAUCCCCCCUCCCUUCACCACCCCGACUCCCCCUCCCUUCCUCACCAUCACAGCGACCACCAGCAUCAUCACCACCACCAUCAUCGACAUCGUCAGCGCACACCGCGACAACGGCGGCGGUCUGCGCUGGACGAGGAUUUGCUACUGCAACGCGUGGAAAUGUACAAGCAGCAGAACCUCGCCCUUCAAGAGCAGGUUGUGCAGCUGCUGCGACUGCUGCGACACGUGCAAUCGCGGGAGGACCAGAUGCAAUCGCUCGAGAACGAACUGGACCACAUGUCCGCAAGCACGACGGCGGCAGUCAUGAUGACGGCGGUCCAUCGCAUGCAGCGUGUGGUGGCGGAGAUGCGGGCACUCGACACGAAAUCGCCACCGACUGUUUAUUGGACGCCUCCAACACACACGCAAGGCCGCGUGAAACUGCAGAAGAAACAUAUUCAUGUCCACGCGCCAGCACAGCCCGCUGCUGCCACUGACGCUAGCGCUGAUGGCGAUCACAAUGACGACGGUGCUACAGCUUCUGUGCUGCAGAUGUGUUCAGGCAAAUUGGACCACCUCAAUCUCCAGCACAUCUCCAGACUGGAGGAGGAAGUUGUUCGUGCGCGUGUGUGGAUAUCGCGGGCGGCAGCGGAAAUCGGCUGUCAUGAAUACGUUCGCACUCGUGACGGCAAUGAGGGUGGUGAUGGCAGUGGCAGUGGUGACGAUGAUGAUGAUGGUGAUGGUGGUGAUGGUGGUGGUGAUGGUGACAUCAGUGAUGAGGGUGACAGUGACGUGGUGGCACGAUGCCUGCGCCAACUCGACUCGACAGCGCACGCCCUCUCCUCCACAGCCAUGCUUGUUCCCGCUGCCCACCGCCCCAAACUCGCCCGCAUCCGUCGCCCCCGCGUGUGUGUGCGGGACAUUGAAGCCGCCGCCACACGCGCACACGCGCACCGCUCCAGCACCAUGGCGCACUCACCGCUGUAUGCCUGCAGGCACGACGACGUGCCGACACGCGAGAGGCCGAGUGGCCCACGCAGUGGUAAUGAUAGCGGUGGCGGCAGUGAAGCGAGCGGGCUGUUGUUGGAGCGAUUUCUUCACUUUGGUAUUGGUUCCGAGGACACACGUGCUGCGAACAUUUAUGUCGACGUUCCCGCGUAUUAUUUUCUCUUCCCCUCACUGGAGGAGUGGCACAAACACAUUGCCACCAUUUCUCCAAAGGAGUAUGAGCAGGUUGUUGAUAGCGUGUUGUGGCAUGCAAACUACCAGCAGCUGUGCGAUCACGUCUCCAUUGCUCACCUCAAAACUGCAAACGCCAUCCUCAGCCACGCCUUGCACGCUCAGGAGAGGGCAACAUGUGAUGCCAUGACAGCGAUGGUGGACACGGUGUCCACUGCUGUUCUUCAACUGAGGAAGGAGAUAGCACUUCCACUCAAGGAUGUCCUUGAAGCGCUGCCAACGCUGCAGGAAGAGGCGCCGCAGGUGGUGGCUGCCCUCGACGAUCUCAUACAGCGCACCCUCCUGCCUACAGCGUCUACGCACACAGGGGCUGCCACUGCCCACCAGUACGGUAUUGCGCGCGUGGAGGAGCAGGUGCAGCGGAUAUGGAGAAAGCUCAGGCCAAGCAUUGACAAGGCCCUUCACCUGGCACGUCAGUCCUCGUUGUGGUUGCGGGUGGCUAACGGUUCCCACAGCAGCAGCAGCAGCAGGCAACAGCUUGGCACCUUCCAUCAGCAUGGGAGCGUGGGUGUGCGCCGCGGCGGGCUGCUUGGCACGGGCACGUGGUGCUGCUCUUGUGGUGGUGGGCAGCGACGACAUUAUGGUGUGAUGGACACGGCCAUCAGCGCCGUGGAGCAAGGACUGGUGUUUGUCCGAUCUACGACGGGCUUGCCGUGGUGGGCGAGCGUGUGUGCUGUCGGGGCAGCCAUGCGCCUCGGUGUGUUGUUACCACCGGCAAUCAAAUCUGAGGAGUACCGGUCGAGAAUAGAGUUGCUGGGCCCAACCUUGCGGGAGUGGGCCGAUGCGCUUCGCUUCAAGGUCUACGCGGAAUGUAGGCGUCAGGGCAAGAAGCAAGAAGAGGCAGACCAUCUCCUCAAGAAAGAGAUGAAAGCGAAGCAAAAGGAGAUAUUUGAUGCGAAAGGACUGGAGCGAUGGAGGAUACUCGGGGUUGGAUUCGCGCCCAUUCCAGCCUGGCUUCUCAUGUCUCUUGGGGUGCGACAAGUUUGCGUCGCGCCGAGUGAGCCGUCAGCGUGGACAGAACUGUUGUCCUCUGAAGGGCUGCCCUGGUGCCUCGACUUGACGGCACAGGACACCACGCUUGCACUGCCCAUCGCCGUGUGCUUGUCCAACCUCAUCAGCGUGCAGCUGACGUACUUGCUGCGCCCACGGCCGGGGCAGCCACCGCACCUCAAAGCACCACCAGCACCCCAGCAACGGCAACAGCACCAAGGCCAACAACAUGCAGACUCACUCCCAACAACACCAGCAUCACCAACAGCAACAACAACAGCAACCCCAACAGCAACAACAACAACACCAACAGCAGCACCAACAUCAGCCAAGGCGCCAACGGAUUCGAAGCAGCAACCUGCACGACCGCUGCCGGCAAAGGCGGGCGAGCCGCAGUUUCCCGUGCUGCUCACGUCCAUCGCGGUUCUCAUGCUCCCAAUCUACGCCGCCCUGCCAUCGGGUCUGGUGCUGUACUGGUUUGUGUCCAGCGCAAGCACCGUCGUCCAGUCCAUCACGUUGAGGCACCCUGGGUUGCGGCGGGCGCUGCGGCUGCCGCGUGUGCCAUCGGAGACGAGCGCGCCGCUGGCAGUGGCAUGGGGCAAUGCAAGGAGCGACUGGGGGCAGUUCUGGGCUGAGGUGCGAGAGAAGAACUUUUCCUCCCGCAGCGAGAAGCAGUCUUAA